GGGCAGGACUUCCGCCGGAAGAUAGGGUGGUCUGGGAAACCUCAAAGCCGAGUUCCAGCCGGUUCUUUCCCUGCAGGUACAGGACUGCUGCUGCUGGGGUACGGGUAAGGAUGGCUUGCGCCGCGGCGAGAUCCCCGGCGGACCAAGACAGGUUUAUUUGUAUAUAUCCUGCUUAUUUAAAUAACAAGAAGACCAUCGCAGAGGGCAGGCGAAUCCCCAUAAGUAAGGCUGUUGAAAAUCCUACGGCUACAGAAAUUCAAGAUGUGUGCUUAGCAGUUGGACUUAAUGUAUUUCUUGAGAAAAAUAAAAUGUACUCCAGAGAAUGGAAUCGUGAUGUCCAGUACAAGGGCAGAGUCCGGGUCCAGCUCAAACAGGAAGAUGGCAGCCUCUGUCUUGUACAGUUCCCAUCACGUAAGUCAGUAAUGUUGUACGCAGCGGAAAUGAUACCUAAAUUAAAAACAAGAACACAAAAAACAGGAGGUGGUGACCAAAGUCUUCAGCAAGGAGAGGGAAGUAAAAAAGGGAAAGGAAAGAAGAAGAAGUGACCUGGUAAGGAGAGUCAAGUUUGUGAUACUACUGUAAGAGACAUGAAUGGAGAUUUCUAAUUUGUAUCUGAGAAAAACAGAAGCUUUUUGUUUGUAUUAUUAAACUGAACUGUGAGUAUCUGUGCCUCCCAGCUUCAGCAUCAGAGUUGACAGUGAAAUAAAUUUACGUCAGAAGUUUGCAUCUAGCAUUUAUGCAGUAUAAAAUAAAUUUUUUUGCCUUUCAAUGCAGUUUUUGUGGAAGAAAGAGGCAUUUUUUUAAAUGGACAGUGGUCUCUGCCAUAAAUUACUUGAAAUCCUGUAUCUGUCCUCUGAAAAAAUGUUCAGAUAAAUGAGUUUAAAGAUUCGAAACACAUUUUGUUCAUCUUUUAAGUUAAUGAAAUAAAAUUUGAAACUGACUUAUAGCUUUUGCUUAUGAACUAAUCUGUGCUAGUAGAGGAAAUAAUUAAUAACAUGGGUAAUGGAAGUUUAGUGUGAGCUUAAAACUAGAAGAAAAUGGUUAAAUCCUUUUGGAGGUCUAUGAACAGCAAGACUAUAGAUCAUAUUCUUUUAAUCAGUUACUGUAAUCGAAUUUUUCAAUUACUAGUUUUUUGACAUAUGGAAAGUCUUGGAGUCUAAGCUUUAGAUUUCCUUAUUUUGUAGACUUAAGAACCUUAUUUUAAUCGCAAUUUUAAAAUUUCCUGUGCUUUAACACCUUGAGAUACACUUUUUUUCAAGAACCUAAAUUGGAUUGGUGAUUCUGACUAUUCCAAAACAUUGUUUCUGAAAGUGGUGAUUUUUUUGUAAAAUUUAAGAGAAUUUCUAUCCAGCCAUGUUUUUGUCUACUGAGUAUCUCUUGGGGAGCUGCCUUCCCUGACCAUGUGUGCUCCUGGAAGGGCUGUUAUAGUCAUGCAGUACAUAUUGUUUAGACUGUGAUCCCAGAAGAUUGUAAUGGAGCUGAGAAAUUUCUAUCGCCUGUGACGUCUUAGCCGUUGUAAAUUCAGAGCACUUAACUCAUGUUUGUGGUGAUGCUGUUGUAAACAAACCUCUGUUGCCUGUCAUGUAAAAGUAUAGCAAAUAUAGUUAUGUACAGUACAUAAUACUUGAUAAUAAACAACUAUGUUACUAUGUA